AUGUCUACACCGAUGGACGACUCCUUCUAUUCCAACGACAUGGACAAUUACUCACUCCAACAGUACACCGACUUCUCUGACAAACUGCCCUAUGGCGGCGUCGACCCCCGUCUGCUCAGCUCGCCCCAGAACACUCCCCUGCUCAGCAACGAACAACCACUCUCAUCUUUCGACUACACUGUCUUCAGCCCUCGUCCACCCAAUCCCACCUUCUUCGAGCCGGAUCUGUCCCUUCACUCUUACGAACCCAUGCGUCAUCAAAUGCUCGGUCAUCGCCGCAGUGUCUCCGUUCCUCCUGAAGAUAUGAUGCCCGAGACCGUACAGCCACCUCCCGCUCUGGUGUUUCACCGCGGCGGUACACCACUAGGUGACUCCAUGGGCACCGACAAGGGCAAUAACACCACGAACAAAAAGUGGUUGAAGAAAGCCGCCGCAGCCCAAAAGAGACAGAUACAAAGACACUCGCCCUACCCAACCGGAGGAGGAAGAAUGCAAGUCCAGAGAAGCCACACUCAACCCGCGUUUUCCCAACAACAGCACACUCCCCAUCUCGGACCUACCAGUGCACCUCAGCAGAUGAUUCUGACAAGCGAAGAUCAAGUCUCCCAAGCCGUGAAGCACAAUUUCGACAUCGGUCCUCUGUCUUCGCCACAGUUUGCUGACUUCAAUGCCAUCGAUGCUGGAGGACGAAACGUGCAUCUGCCUACCGAGCUGACUGACAUCGAUGCUUUCUCGUUCGAAACAAGAAACGAUGUCAACACUGCUGUUCUUGGCAUGUUUGGUUUUGCGGAAAGACUUUCCAAGGAUUGUGAAGCUAUGCGUGGGUUCUUGACAAGAGGUUUCGGAAGCGGCGAGGAAGAUGAAUUUGAACGGUACGUCUUGUUGCAGCUUUCUCGAGGAUGCUUUGGGACAUUGGCUAAGGUUGCUGUGCUGUGUAGCGUUCGUCAAGAAAAGCGUGUUGUCAACCACAAAGCAUCCACUCUCGAAGAUGGCCUCGAGAUGCUGCCAUUGCCAGAGGGAAAGGCUGAGGAAGAGGUAACUGUGCCUGUCACGGGCCAAGACAUCAGAGAUCUUGAUGGUACGUUUGUUGCUGCUUUUGCCACCUCAAUACGAUACUGA